UUGCCGUUUAACAGUCCUCGAAGAUCUGUUUGGCAAGCAGCAGAAAAAAGCUUUUUUUUUUGUCAGCUGCCUACUCACUUGGCGACAUUUCCCAAGCUCCAAACACGGUUCUUCUCCUCGGUUUAUCCGCCUCCCUCCUUGUCAAUUUCCCCUUAAGAACUGGAAAAAUAAGAGAAAUAGAGAACUUCCAGUUCACUUGCUCCGAACAUUUCCGGCCACGGGCAACUGUUUUCUUUUCCGGUAACAAUGUCGCAGUCCCUUCAGUUCUUGACUCCCUCUCGUUCUCCUUAUCUCAUUCUCCCGAAACUUCCGGCGACGUCCUAUCUCCGGAUCCCCGUAAUUAACAUCCCGACCAAAAAAUACUUUAUCACGAUCACAAAAUCGUUAUCUUCAGAUCUCGAUGCCACGUCAUCGCAAGUCCUGGCUUCCGGCAACGGCCAGAGCGGAGUUGCAAGGGUUUUAUCAGCGGACAAUGUGGGGGCGAUUCCGUCUCCUGCUCCUUUGGAUUCCGGAGCGGCGGCGGCAAUCGAGGUGGAUGCGGUGACGGAGACGGAGCUGAAGGAGAACGGAUUCCGGAGCACGAGGCGGACGAAGAUUAUCUGCACGAUCGGUCCAGCCACAUGCGGGUUCGAGCAGCUGGAAGCGUUGGCUGUCGGAGGCAUGAACGUGGCUCGAAUCAACAUGUGCCACGGCACACGCGAGUGGCAUCAAACGGUGAUCAAGCGGGUAAGAAGACUCAACGAAGAGAAAGGCUUCGCCGUAGCUAUUAUGAUGGAUACUGAAGGUAGCGAGAUCCACAUGGGAGAUCUUGGUGGCGCUGCCUCCACCAAAGCUGAGGAUGGAGAAAUCUGGACAUUUAGUGUUAGAGCUUUUGGUUCCAUGCUGCCAGAGCGAACAAUUAAUGUGAAUUAUGACGGUUUUGCUGAAGAUGUGAAAGUUGGGGAUGACCUUUUGGUUGACGGUGGAAUGGUGAGGUUUGAGGUGAUCAAGAAGAUUGGUCCUGAUGUUAAGUGCAGGUGUACCGAUCCGGGGUUGUUGCUACCGCGAGCUAAUUUGACGUUCUGGAGGGAUGGGAGCCUUGUUCGUGAGCGUAAUGCUAUGCUUCCUACCAUUUCUUCCAAGGAUUGGUUGGACAUCGACUUUGGCAUUGCAGAAGGUGUUGAUUUUAUUGCAAUAUCCUUUGUCAAAUCUGCUGAAGUGAUUAAUCAUCUUAAAAGCUAUAUUGCUGCUAGGUCACGUGGUAGUGACAUAGCUGUCAUUGCAAAGAUAGAGAGUAUUGACUCAUUAAAGAACUUAGAAGAAAUUAUCCAAGCAUCAGAUGGAGCUAUGGUUGCAAGAGGAGACUUGGGUGCUCAGAUACCACUGGAACAGGUUCCAUCGGCUCAGCAGAAGAUUGUCCAUUUAUGCAGGCAGCUAAAUAAGCCAGUGAUCGUUGCCUCCCAGCUACUUGAAUCAAUGAUUGAAUACCCUACACCCACCCGAGCUGAAGUUGCUGAUGUUUCUGAAGCGGUGAGGCAGCGAGCUGAUGCUUUAAUGCUCUCUGGUGAGUCUGCUAUGGGACAGUACCCUGAAAAGGCAUUGGCUGUUCUGAGAAGUGUUAGCGUAAGAAUAGAGAAGUGGUGGAGGGAGGAAAAACGCCAUGAGGCUAUGCAACUGCCAGAUGUAGGAACAUCAUUUGCAGAUAAAAUCUCAGAAGAGAUUUGUAAUUCUGCGGCGAAGAUGGCUAACAAUUUAGAGGUGGAUGCCAUUUUUGUCUACACAAAGACAGGCCACAUGGCAUCUCUCCUGUCACGUUGUCGACCGGAUUGCCCCAUCUUUGCUUUUACAACCACAACUUCUGUUCGGAGGCGUCUGAACCUACAAUGGGGUCUGAUACCCUUCCGUCUGAGCUUUUCCGAUGAUAUGGAAAGCAACCUUAACAAAACCUUCUCGUUACUCAAGGCCAGGGGAAUGAUCAAAUCAGGUGACCUUGUAAUUGCUGUCUCAGACAUGUUGCAGUCCAUCCAAGUCAUGAAUGUUCCUUAAAAACUCAGUAUGAUUCAGAUUAUGGUCAUUUUGCAACCCUGCCGCUCGACUGUUUUACGUAUUAAACUGACUGUAUCCUUCAUUAUCUGUUCAACUUGAUUACUGUUAGAAAGAAAAUUAUUGCCAGAGAAAAACGAGGAUCAAUCAUGAGCAUUGUCUUGUUUUAACUUGGCUCGUAGCCGCAACAACCAAAUCUACAGUAUGGCACAUCUCACACUUUUGUACUUUAGAUGUUCUAUGUUGUUGGUGUUGGGGCUGGGGCUGCGGCUGGGUCAUGCCAACACAAUUUCAAAAUCUAUUUAUUUCACUUUGAUAGUUUUAUAGAGUGUUUCCCGAACCCGAAAGGAAAAGCUGUAAUUUUCUUUUGUCUUUUGUCAGUAUAUUUUGGGAUUUUAAAGGAAAUGUAGCUCAUCUAUGUCAGCCUUCUGAUAUUCAACUAGAAUUUCUGUUUCAAUAAAACCAUUUGUUAUUUUGAAUCUUAUCAACUAUCUCAGGCAGUCUUUUUGGUAAAU